AUGAUAGAGGCGAGCAACGCGGAAAAUGAUACAGUAACUGCACCAGCCAUAAAUACGGAUAUACCCAACGAAGAAAAUGAUGUUGCCCGUUCCGAAGCGACGUUCCGAUAUACCGUCCAAAAUAUCAGUCAGCUCAAGGAACAGGUGUUAUCACCUCCUUGCUACGUACGAUGUCUACCGUGGAAGAUAUUAAUAUUAAUACGUCACACCACCACGCCGGAGCGGCAACAACAGAAGGCUUUAGGCAUAUUCUUACAGUGUAACGGCGACUGUGACACACCGGGAUGGUCCUGUUACGGUCUUGGCGAAUUGAAACUGCUAUGCCAUAAACCAGACGGCACACAUUUGUGCAGAAAACUUCACCAUAUGUAUCACUGCAAAGAGGACGACUGGGGAUUCGCUCAUUUUAUUUCUUGGGAUGACCUCAUGAACCCGAACAAUGGCUUUGUAAAAGACGACGCGAUCAUGGUGGAAGCGCAUGUGGUGGCCGAAGCACCCCACGGCAUCUCGUGGGACUCGAAGAAACACACGGGAUUUGUAGGUUUGAAGAAUCAAGGUGCUACUUGCUAUAUGAACUCUUUACUGCAGACUCUGUUUUUCACGAACGUUCUACGCAAAGCUGUGUACAAGAUCCCUACAGAAGGCGACGACAGCUCACGGUCUGUCGCAUUCGCCUUACAACGUGUCUUCUACGACUUGCAAUUCUCCGACAAGCCGGUGGCGACGAAAAAGCUAACUAAAAGUUUUGGUUGGGAAACGCUUGACUCGUUUAUGCAACACGACGUUCAAGAAUUUUUAAGGGUACUUCUAGACAAACUAGAGAAUAAAAUGAAAGGCACAGUGGUGGAAGGCACCGUACCUAAGCUGUUCGAGGGGAAAAUGACGUCAUUCAUAAAAUGCAAGAAUGUUAAUUGUACCAGUACACGAUUAGAAACUUUCUACGACGUCCAGCUUACCGUCAAAGGAAUGAACGAUAUCUACGAGUCGUUUAAAGAUUACAUCAGUAUAGAGCUGCUGGACGGCGAAAACAAGUACGAUGCUGGAGAGCAUGGCCUACAGGAGGCGGAGAAGGGCGUCAGAUUCGAUGAGUUCCCACCGGUACUACAUCUGCAUCUCAUGCGGUUUCAGUAUGACCCUCAGAGUGAUGCUUCCAUUAAGUUCAACGACAGGUUCGAAUUCUAUGAAGAAAUAAAUCUAGAUCCGUAUUUACAAGAGAUUCCGUCGACUCCUGCUCACUAUACGUUGCACGCUGUACUGGUACAUUCCGGUGAUAACCAUGGUGGUCAUUACGUGGUAUUUAUCAACCCCAAGGGAGAUGGCAAGUGGUGUAAGUUCGAUGACGACGUGGUAUCCCGUUGCAGCAAACAAGAAGCCAUCGAAUAUAAUUACGGUGGGAAGGAAGACGCACCGCAUCUCGCACGUCGCGCGACCAGCGCCUACAUGCUUAUUUACAUACAAACAUCGCAGCUGAAGUACGUCUUACAAGACGUCACCGAGAGCGACAUCCCGAGUGAUCUCUGCGAGAGAAUCAACGAAGAGAUGCGAUACGAGAUGUUCAGCCAAGUACUACGCAAGAAUAUUCAGCGCACUAAAACAGUUCUUCACUUUGCAGGCCCUAGCCGGCUCUAA